CCCUCCGGUCUAUGAAGCCACGUUGGCCCCGCCUCUCUGGUGCGUAGCGGCAGCAGCAGUGGUAGCAGGGCCCACCCUCCGUCUCUGCAAGUAUUCGCAGCCUGCUGUCCCAGGCAUGGAUGUCGGUUGCAGAGAGACAUGGCAGUGCGACAUUAUACCCUCGAUUUUAACCUCUCUACACCAGUUGACUCAGCCUCGGUAGUGCCUGGUCUGCUCUCUGUGUUUCAUGAGCAGGAGCUGACAGAGACUGUCCAUGACACAAAUGGGCAUGGAUAUCUGGCUACAUUUAUUGGCAAGAAUGGGCGGCUUGUGAUUCUGCGUGUGCAUUCCCAUGGGUUGGUCACCAUUGAUCUGCAGUGUCAUGAAGAUGAUAACUUUGCACAGCUAGACAAUCUUUUAAAUGCACUGGAAAAGAAGUUAAAGGUUCUUUUAAGUGGGAACAUUACAAGGAUUAAAAGGCUCCCAGCGCUAGUGCGAGGAGCCAAAGUUGACCGAUACUGGCCCACAGCUGAUGGCAGACUGGUGGAGUAUGACAUCGAUGAAGUGGUAUACGAAGAAGAUUCUGCAUACCAAAAUAUCAAGAUAUUGCACUCACGGCAGUAUGGAAACAUCCUAGUGCUCGAUGGAGAUGUCAACCUUGCAGAAAGUGAUUUAGCCUACACCCAAGCCAUCACAGGUAACGGGAGAGAGAACUAUGCUGGAAGAGAGGUGCUGAUAUUAGGAGGAGGUGAUGGUGGCAUCCUCGCUGAGCUGGUCAAGCAAAAGCCAAAGAUGGUCACCAUGGUGGAGAUUGACCAGAAGGUGAUCGACGGGUGCAAGAUGCACAUGAGGAGGACUUGUGGAAAUACGCUGGACAACCUGAGGGGCGAUUGUUACCAAAUACUAAUCCAGGAUUGUGUCCCAUUGCUGAAGAAGUAUGUCCAGGAAGGAAGAACAUUUGAUUAUGUAAUUAAUGACCUCACUGCAAUCCCUAUAUCUACUGCACCCGAAGAAGAUUCUACGUGGGAGUUUCUCCGUCUUAUCCUAGACCUAUCGAUUCGUGUCCUGCACCCCGAGGGGAAAUACUUCACCCAGGGUAACAGUGUUAAUCUGAAAGAGGCGCUGAGUCUGUAUGAAGAACAACUGGGAAGGCUCUCAUGUCCGGUUGACUUUUGUAAAGAGGUGGUGUGUGUGCCCUCCUACUUGGAGCAAUGGGUUUUUUACACUGCAUGGAAGAAGUGAAGACCUCGUGUUUUCUCUGCUAAAAUUCCCCACAGCUGGAAUGUGAAUGUGCGAAUGCUCCUCUUGUUUUUCCCGUAGCCAUGAAGGUGUGGUGAAACUGAACGUCAUAUGAACACAGAAUAUUUAGAAGACGAUUAUUACCUAGUCACCGACUGAGUGACUUGUUCAUACGCUUUGUUACAACUACCAUUAACAUAGAUCUUGAAAUAUAUCUGUUAAUAACUGCCAGCAUGCUGUGAGACUGCUCCCUGAGUGACAAGUUGUGAUUAGAUCUGACUUUCAGGCUGUUAGAUUUAAACAGGUUUGUUAUUAAGAUUUAUAGAAGCCAAUAUACUCGUAACUCAUUGGACGCAUCAAUGCAGUGUACACUUAUUUUCUUGAGUUGAUAUUUAAGUAUUCAACUUUGGGCCUUGAGUGGUUUUGACGUCUGAAGGAAUGAGGCUUUUUGAGUCCGAGGCCUCAGAUCUUCAGGGUUGGAUCAUCUCGGGGAAGUAAAUGCUCAGAGUGAAUAGUAAGACCCCUUUAUGUCCAUUGCUGUCCAUUGCGUAUGCAGCAAACAUCUGCAUCAACUUCUAUUUAGUGAUGGUGAAACACUCCAACCUAUUUAAGGCCGGUUAAUGUGGGAGGAGGAGGAGGAGGAAGAUGCAAAAGAGUUCAGUCUGCUCUCAUCUGAAGGUGCACGUUCAUAUUUUUGUUAUUAUCCCCAUGUAAUCCUUCUCUCUGGGGUUUAAUUGUUUUAUCAUCGUUUGCUGCCAAUUUUUGGUCAGAAUUGUUUUGUGUGUGAGUGUUAUUAGAUUCGACAUUGAUUUGUAUGGGUUCUGACUGAAAUGUCAACAUUUAAACACUGAUCUGAUACACUGACAAUGUGGUAGUUCAACCCACCAUUGAGACCAUUGAGUUGUGAAGCUGUUGUGAGUUGUUCUUAAGCUUUUUUCUUGUUUCUGCCACUGAAAUGAGAUGUAACUUUCUCAGUCUGUAUCAAGGCAGUGUGGUUCAUCCCCAGUGAGUCUUAAGUGUUUUAGUUCAGGUGUGUUUUAAAAGGGAAAUUAUUCCUCUUCAUUAUUGCCAUCUUUGUGCUUGUGCUGGUUUUUACAUCAUGUUUUAUUAGCACCUUUGAUUUCUCCUGAUAUAUUAGGUAUAUUAGGUGCAUGCUGAGGACGGUGAAUGUAGCUUUCAUAAUAAACAGUACACAGCACAUUAGAUGGACCCUCUGGGCCAUUUAUUUAUUCGUUCAUUAUAAACUCAACAAAUGCUGUUCUGAUAAAUUGUUUGACCAUAUACAAUUAAAGAGUUUUGGGGGAAA